UUCCGCAGAUCGGCAGAUCUGGCAGUGCCAAGGAAAGGCCAUGAAAACCGAUGAAAGGCACAUCGUUUUCUGCGGUUUAUAGGCGGUUGAUCUGCGUGUUUUCUGCAUACUGAACAUGGAUUGAGAGAUGUGGAGACCGAACGCCAGUGACCGGCUACCAGUCUGGCUCCUUCAGGAGCCUUUCCAGCGCUGAGCGCCAUGUCAUCCCUACACACUCGCGGAUACUGGAGACUGGUGCUGGAAGAGAACGAUGGUGAUGAGCAGAAGCUUAAGGAUAUCGUCUUGAAGGACACCGAGGUGGUGGGCAUUCUGGCGGCCUUGGUCCUCACCAUCACCGUCGCGGUCUCCACGGUGGUCCAUAGCGAGCUGAAACAGCCCUCCUAUUGGAGACUGAUCUAUGUGACCUUGGGCUUUUGCAGUUUCAUCUUCUCUUUGAUCUCUUUGAUGAUCGCUUCACGUUUGCUCCUCUCCAUCAACAAGCUCCACCCGCGGAAGGUCCUCCGGUGUUUGGAGCUCUUGGAGAAGGGCUGGGCCUCGGUGGAUGGCUUCUGGUGGUUCCACCGCAGCUUGAUCUUCCUGCUGCUGUCCGUCUUGAUUUCUGUUUAUUUGCUCUAUGGCCAAAGCUGUUUCAUCAUUUGCUGCGUCCUUGGACUUCUGCCUGGAGCUAUGAUGUGGCACUUGCACCGAGCCCACGUGGGGGUUGUGUGGCCAUUGAUUAACCUGGUGGAGAGCGAAACUUCGGAUUCGGAUAAGAAUGGUCUGGUUUGAGAAAAGCACCACGCGACCGUCCCACGUGGCAUGGCCUGAAUCCCUCCACCGGAGCAGAGAACGUCGAUGGUCCGGCUCCUCGUCUUCCACCUGCAUGAGGAUCCUCUCUGGAUGCGAUCUGCGCGAUGUUCUCUGAGGAUCCCAAUGGGGAUCCGUACCGAUCCCUCGCGUCGAUCGGCCGGCGCGCCACGUCGUUCGGACUCGGCCGGAGAGCGGCGGAGGAGACGGUCACGGAUUGGUCCGGUCCGCGUCCGGCUGAUGCCACCAGCUUCGCAAAAGGUGGGGCGAAUGCCAGGCGUUCUUUGGGUAUAGAUCUAUAGGAUUCUGUAGGAAUACGAACGGAAUGAGGAUGGAGAUGGAUAGCUCGAAAUC